GUACGAAGUUACAACAGCAAGCCAUGGAUGUAGACAAUUUCGGCGGGAAACUAUUUCUAUUUGUAUUUCUUUGUAACGUAUACUCGGUUUGUACAACAACAGAGGUGUGUUCGAACAGUAUUCUCCCUGGAGCUAAAGGAGAUGCAGGUGAGGUGGGAGCAGAAGGCGAGGAGGGAAGAAUGGGGAAAACCGGCCCACCUGGCCUCCGAGGUCUGACCGGUGAACGUGGAGAGAAAGGAGACGUGGGCCAAAUGGGAAAAAUGGGGCCUGUUGGAGACAGAGGUGACAAGGGACAACAAGGAACACAUGGACCUGCAGGAAUGAAAGGAAACCCUGGAACCACCUGUGACUGUGGGAGAUACAGAAAGGUUGUCGGACAGAUGGAUGUUAAUAUAAGCAAGCUAAAAAGCGCUGUCAAGCUAUUAAAGAAUGUAAUUCUAGGUAUCAGAGAGACAGAGGACAAGUUUUACCUUCUGGUGAAGGAGCAGAGGAAGUACGGAGAGGCCCGUCUGAAUUGCAAGUUGCGUGGGGGGUCUCUCGCUAUGCCCAGGACCACAGAAUCCAACACCUUACUGGCCAAAUAUAUCAGUGAAGCUGAUCUUACCCAUGUGUUUAUAGGGCUACAGGUAGGGGAGGCGGAGGUGGGUUACAUGUACGUUGACGGUGAUCCCCUCCUCAACAACACAUCUUGGGGCCUGCAGGGGCCACACAGAGAUGAAGGCAGCUGUGUGCAGAUGAGUAACACUGGAGCCUGGAGCCAGGUGGAGUGUGGAGCCACACAAUUCUACAUAUGUGAAUUCGCCAAAACUAGAAAGACUCCAACAAUUGUCAUGUGACUGUUUAAUAAUUGUUUUUUUACAUAAGAUGAUGUGCGGAGUGAUUUUCAUAUUGUAAGGGAAAAUGUGAAGAGAAUUACCUAUUUUAUCAGAUCAGGUCUUUUGACAAUACAUUUGGGGUGCAUGGGGAGAUACAUUCAGACCUUACUUAAUUAUAUUAAGUUUAUGUAAACAUAAAUGCAAUGUUGAUGGAACAAGUAGGAAAGCGGAGGUUUUGCUUUCAAAAAAUCUCAUACAUGCCUGGUUUUGUGCUCCACAACUUAUUUUUUUUUUUUCUAAUUUAUAUUUUUUAUUUUUAUACAUUUUGAGAACAAGAAACAACAAACAACAGGUCAUCAUGGGCAAUACAGAGUCAAAAUAGUACUUUUUUCCUUGUAUAUUUAACAGUAUAUUAUCACUUUGUUCUUCAAAGGCUUGUAUACAUAGUCCAUUUCACCCAAUGUUCAAUGCAUUUGUCCAUUUUGUAUCUCACCAUAAAUGUAAGCCUCUCCAUAUUAUAUAUGUCGUCCACAAUUGCUCUCCACUGAUCCUUUGUUGGAGGGUCUCUCUGGAACCAUUUUCGGGUUAUGGCUUUCCGGCCACUUGCCAAGAGUAUCUUUAACAGAUAUUUAUCACUAUCCAGUAAGCUUUCAUGUGUUUUUCCUAGGUACAGCGUAACAAAUGAGAAAGCCAGCUCCUCUCCUAAUAUUUUUCCAAUUUCUGCUGCUACUUCCCGCCAGUAAGUUUGUAUUCUUGGACACUCCCAGAAGAUAUGGAAAUGGUUCGCCAUUUGCGUUCCACAUUGUCUCCAGCACAUACCCUGUUCUCCAGUUCGUUUUGCUGUUACCCUGGGAGUUAUAAAAAAUCUUAUUAUAUUCUUCCAUCCAAACUCUCUCCACAUUCUAGAAUUUGUUGUACUUGCUUGUAUAGCACAAAUUUUUGUCCAUUCUUCCUCCGUUAUUUGUGUAUCAGAUUCUUUCUCCCACUUCUGUUUUACAUAAUUUGAGGUAUGCUUUUUGCUAGUUUGUAUAUAUCCAUAUAAUUUCGAUAUCAACUUUUUAUUUUCCCCAUUUAUAUAUGCGUUAGUAAAUGCUGUGAUUAUAUUAUCUUCCUCUACUGUACUCUUAAGUUUCUUAUUAAAGUAAUCCCUAACUUGUAAGUAUCUAUAAAAAUCUUGCUGUUCCAGACUAUAUGUCUCCGACAGUGUUUGGUAGCUCAGUAACUUUCCCUUCGAGGUGAUCGAGCAAUACGAAGUAAUUCCCCUCUGUGCCCAGUAUUUAAACCUUGCAUCCAAUUUCGAGGGUUCGAAAUCUGGGUCAUAUGCUAUCCACUUCAGUGGCCCUGCCUGACUUUCUAUUUUUAAUUUCCUCAAGACCCUAAACCAUAGCUUGACUGAAAACACAGUCCACACACUCAUGUUUCCGUAGUUCCUUUCCGCUAGGUUUCUAUUCCCAAGCAGUGAUUGCUGAGGAGUGGCCAUCUGAGAGAUUUCCAGCGUUUUCCACCUAGACUCAUAGCGUGGCAUACACCAGCAUAUCAGGGGUUUUAGUUGUGCAGCAAAAAAAUAAUCUUGUAUGCAUGGUAGGGCCAGCCCUCCUUUCUCCUUUGCCAGUUGCAGUGUCUUAAAUCUAAUUCUUGGCCUUCGGCCAUUCCAGAUAAACCUUGAGAUCAUCGCAUCCCAUUCGUUAAAUUGUCUUUGUGGUAUGUCCAACGGCAAGGAUUGGAAAAGGUAGAGUAACCGUGGCAACACAUUCAUUUUAAUUAUUUCUAUGCGAUUGCUCAUAUCUAGUGGAAGCAAAUUCCAGUUAGUUAUGUCAGAUUUAAUCUCUUUGCAGAUAGGUCCAUAGUUGUGUUCAUAGAGUUUUGAUAUGUCUUUUGUUAAAGUUAUUCCUAGAUAUUUUAACGAAGAAGAAUUCCACUUGAAUUUACAUUGUUGCCUCAUGUUUAAAUUAGGCUUAAAGUUAUAAACUAGUGCUUGUGUCUUAUGUAUAUUUAUCUUGUAUCCUGAGUAUAUAUUGUAUGUUUUUAAGAGAGACAUCAGUUUCGGAAGGCUAGAAUUAGGGCUCGUCAGGAAUAGCAGAACAUCGUCUGCGUACAUACAUAUCUUGUGUUCGUCUCCUUUAAUUAUAAUUCCUUUUAUCUCAGAGUCCUCUCUUAUUGCUUGUGCCAAUGGUUCAAUAAAUAAUGCGAACAGAGAGGGGCUUAGUGGGCAUCCCUGACGUGUUCCCCUUUCUAGGGUGAUUGUUUUAGAUAGGUGUCCGUUAAUUUUUAUUCUGGCUGUUGGUGAGGAAUAUAAUGUUUUAACACAAUUAAUAAAUUUGCUGUUAAAGCCGAAUCUAGUUAGUACCUGAUACAAAUAGACCCAUCCCACGGAGUCGAAAGCUUUCUCAGCGUCUAGACUCAAUAACACCGUACUUAUAUUUUCUUUUGUGAUAUGACUCAAUAUUUGCACCGUUCUCCUUAGAUUAUCCUGUGUCUGUCUCUCCAAUAUAAAUCCGGUUUGGUCCAGAUCUAUCAUCUCUGGAAUAAUACCCUCCAGUCUAUUAGAUAAAAUAGAGGCAAAUAAUUUGUAGUCCACAUUUAGGACGGAUAUUGGUCUAUAUGAACCACAUUCCUCCCUAUCUUUCCCUUCCUUUGGGAUAACUGAAAUAAUUGCUUCUUUCCAGGACUGUGGGGCUACCCCUCCUCUUAAUAUGUAAUUAAAGCAAUGUAGUAAAUUGGGUGUUAUUUGUGCACGGAACGUUUUGUAGAAUUCAGACGGAAAUCCGUCUGCGCCCGGUGCUUUGUUGGCUUUCAACUUUGAUAUUGCCUUAUUUAAUUGUUCCUCCGUAAUUUCCGCCGUUAGUGCAUCAUUUUGUUUUUCUCCUAUUGAGGGUAAAUCUAAUGAUUCUAGGAAGUUUUUUUGGAUUGGGGUAUCUGGCCUAGUUGGUUGAGUGUAUAGGUUUUUGUAGAAUAACUCAAAGGAUUCCUGAAUAUCGUUUAAUUCACUGCCUGUUUUCUGUGUCCUCGGAUUCUUAAUUCUAUUUACUGUAUUUUUUAUCCGCUGUUUCCGUAUCCGCCACGCUAAUAAUUUAGUUGCUUUAGAUCCCGUCUCAUAGUAUUUUUGUUUAGCAAAUUUGAGUUGUCUUUCUAUUUCGUCAUCGUAUAUCCCAUUCAGCUCUUGUUUCAGUUUGUUUAGUUCGGCCAAUGUUUGUAAGUUUUUGUGUUUAGCAUAUUCUGUCUCCAGAUUUCUCAUUUCUUCUUGUAUGUUUAAAAGCCUUUUCUGUUUUUCUUUUUUACGUGCGGACGAGAUGGCAAUAAUUCUACCCCGGAGUACUGCCUUAGCAGCAUCCCACAGAGUGCUUGGCGUCACUUCACCGUUAUCGUUUUCUUGAAAAUACAACUCAAAUUCGCUCUGUAUCUGUUUCUGAAUCGUUUUGUCGUUUAAUAUACUUGUAUUGAGUUUCCAGAUCGUGUCUUUCUUUCGAUUUCCGAGACGUAUAAUAAGAUAUACCCCUGCAUGGUCAGACACAUCUCUAAUCCCCAUGUAGCAAUUCUUUAUUUUGUGUCUGUCUGAGUUUUCCAUAAAUAUAUAAUCAAUUCUUGAAUGCAUAUUGUGUGCGGCUGAGUAAAAGGAAAAUUGCCUAUCCGUUGGGUGUUGGUCUCUCCAUACAUCACAUAAAUCCAUUUCUUUUAGUAACUUAUGAAUCAUUUUAGCAUAUGGGCUCUUUGAUUUAGAGGGGUUCGUUGUAUCUAGCCUUGGCUGGAGCUGGACAUUUAAGUCUCCACCACAUAUAAGUGUUCCAUGUGAUUCUGUUGCUAUUAAAUAAAAUAUUUUCUUGAAAAACCCCUUAUUGCUUCCAGGUGGGGCGUAUACAUUGAGCAAUGUGACUUCCUCGCCGUCUAAUCUGCCUCUUACUAGAAUGUACCUGCCUUCUUUAUCUUUAGUUUCAGAUAUAAAUUCAAAAUUUACACUAUUAGAAAUCAAAAUGGCCACUCCUCUUCUACGCCCGGAUUUGUGAGAUGAAUAAUAUGUAUUUUGAAAACCCAUUUUCUUCAGUUUCUCAUGUUCUGAUGAGGGCAAAUGAGUCUCUUGCCAAUAAAUUAUUUGUAUUCUUUCCCUUUUCAUUUUAGCGAUGAUCUUGCUUCUCUUAAUUGGACUGUGCAAACCAUUGACAUUAAGCGUUACUACUGUAUAUUCCUGUUUAUGCAUGCCUUAGUUUCGUACCGCGUGAUUAUUUGAGCCCUUUCCCAUGACAACCUGCUUAACAUAAUGAACAAUUUACAUACAUUCUUAGCAACGAAAAUAAAAAACCUAACAAAAGACAGUUGACUUCCAAGUCCAUGGUUUGACCUGCAACCAUCCAAUGGAGAGGAAAUCCUCGCGUCCGUCGAGGGCCUCUCUACAGUGCCGUCAAAAGCACUCUCAGGUGUAUAGAGCACUGUUGUUGUUUCCCAACUGUCCCAGUUCAAUCAGUUUCGACUUUUAACUUAAACAGGUUCGAAAAAUAGUGAUAGGUUUAUUUCAAACACCAAACAUUAACUAUUGAGAGUAACCCGGUAAUCCAAGCUUUGUCCCGGAGUGGAGUAUAAAUAUUUUUCCCCUUAGUUAUACGCUUUGACUCAUUUUAACUUCAGUCCCCCUAGUAAGUGUCCAAUUUCCCCAGUUAUAUCAAAUCCCAAAGUCUGUGUGGGUGUUAUCAGUCAAUUUUAUAGCGUAUUUUCCCUUUAAAAGUCUUUACUAACUUACCCCUCCAUCUCGUCAGGGGACACAAGCAUUCUGAUUAUCCUUCUCAGUCACUAGGAUCUGGACUGACUCCAUUGGAAGCUCUUUAGUUUUUUCCUUAUCCAAUCCUGGUCUACUUUGGUGCGGUUUCGCUCUGGUCCUACCGCCUUCCGAGUUGUUGUGUUCAGUUGUUCUUUGGCUGACGAGUCCAGUACGCUAACAUUUUCCAUCGGAAGUCCUCUUAUACUCAAGUCCUUGGCCGCCUCGGCUGCACUCUCGUAGCUUUGGGCACCGUUCUCGAAGAAUACUCUUAAUUUAGCCGGGUACGGCGUUUGGAAACGAAUCCCCUUGGACUUGAGUACCCUCAGUAUCCCCGCGUAUGUCUUCCUUUUCUUUAAGAUCUCAGAGGGGUAGUCAUGGUCGAAAUAAAUCCUCUUGUCCUCAACUCGCACCUCCUUUUUUCUCCAUGCUGUGGACAGCACCUGUUCCUUUACUCUGUGCUCUAAGAAGCAGAGAACCAGCGAUCUGGGUGGUGCGUCGCGAGGAGGCUUUGGAGCAAGCGCUCGAUGGCAGCGUUGUAUACCGAGUGUAUCCGUUAGCGGUAGUCCCAGCUCCGCGUUUAUGAUGCGUUUCACAAACUCCAGUGGGUCACUGCCCUCCGAGCCCUCCGGGAUCCCGUAUAUGCGGAGAUUGUUCCGCCUCGAGCGGGCCUCCAAGUCGAUUAGCUUAGCUUGCAUCUCACUGGUUUUAUCCAUUAUACCUACGAGAGCUUCGCUCGAAGCUCCGUUCCACUCCUCCGCGUCGGCUGUGCGUUGUUCUAGUUCAGUUAGCCUGGCUGUGGUAGCUUGCAGAUCCCCCGAAAAGUCCUUAACUUUCUGAUAAAUCUCUUCUCUGAACUCAUUCAAUUCUCUCCGCAUAUCUUCCCGUAGUGCUUGACGAAAUUCAUCCAUAUCGGACUUUAAAUCAACUCUGAAUGCUCUAAUCUCGUCUCGGAAGGCUUUUAAAUCGGAAUUAGCUGCUAAUUCGCUAGCUUUCACCUCCAUGCUGGUUUUUUCGCCUCCGUCUUCACUCUCGGUGUUUUCGUUUUUCUCUCCUUUUUCGCGUUUCGAACCUGACUUAUUUUUACUCUUUUUUUGUUUCUCCCCUUCCAUUGUCAAUCUCAGUCUAAUUUUAAUUUUCCAGAUAUAUUUUCCGAAGGGAUUUAAGUCGACCGAAUAGGGGGAACUCUUUCAAGCAGCCAUCUGCUUCAGCGCCAUACCGGAAGUCUCCACAACUUAUUUUUGAUACAUUUUUUUUGAUGGAUUUGAUGAUACAUGAGUUUAAGAGGUUAAAUAGUGUUGCUCACAUCCUGAUACCACAUAUAGGCCAUUUUUAGGAUUACCUGAAAACAAAAUCCUUUCUUUUUAGGAUAUAUGCUUAAUAAAGAUUGCACAUUUAUAAGAACUCCA